CGAGGUCCAGACGUUGGAGCAGAGAGAAAUGCCGGCAUCCAGGCGUUGCACAGAGGAGCCUAGUUGCCUUCAAGUUUCUCUAUAAGAAAGUAAAUUGGGAUGCUGAUACCGGUGCUUAUCAUGAUACCGUAUUAUUCCGUUUUGGUGGGAGUAAUCGUUUUGUGUUGGGGUUCAACGUUAACGUUGCAACCGUCAGCGCUCUGUACUCAAUUUCUACCUUGCCUAGUGCUAUCAUAUAGAAACAGGGAGCAGUCCAAGAGCCAGGCGCGACUCAGCAUAGCUCCUUGUCUGCGCUUCAUUCUGUUCUCAAUCUAUUGUUCACAAAUUUCGUUCAAAGCGCGGAAAUGUCGGCAGGCUGGGAGCAGUUAAUUAAUUACAGGUAUUAAUUCUGAUGUGGCGGUGCCUCUUGUUUUCAGCCAAGCUGCCAGUGCGGGGUUUAUAACCCACUAUCAUCUUGGUUGUCGUAAAUUCAAAGAAGUCGAACCUAGUCAAAGUUCGAACAC